CUCAUAAUACCGAGUGAUGAAAACAAGCUUGAAGAAUAUUAUUAGCUUUCAAUGUUUUACAGUAAUACUAUUUUGAAAAAUAUUUUCUAAGCCGUUUAAGAGCUAUCGCCGUUUAUCGCUGAAUGUGUCUGGAAUAUCAAAAACAAAACUAACUUAACCUCGCUGAGCCGUUGUCGUUGGUGUCAAAUGACAGUAGUAAAGAUGAAGCAAUUCCCAAACAUUCCAGAAACGGCUCACUCUCCAUGAACAGACAAAAACCUCUCUAGAAACAGAUCUGGGAAAGUUCAAAGGUGUAAACCUCCGUUUAGUGGAACAAAAAUGUUCCUGUACAUUUUUGGCCUCAUAGUCCUGCUUUAUGUGUACCGGUGGUUCAGAGAAUUGGAAAGAGUUCCCAACAAAAUAGAGAAGUUUGUGUACAUCACAGGUUGUGAUACAGGCUUUGGGAAUCUCCUGGCCAGACACCUGGAUGUAAAGGGUUUCCGUGUCAUCGCUGGCUGUUACACGGAGAAGGGAGAGGAUGAGCUGAAGAAAAACUGCAGUGACAAACUCACAACAUUGCAUUUGGAUGUGACUGAUAAUGACAGCAUAAACAAAGCCAGUGACACCAUUAAAACCCUGGUGGGACAGAGGGGUCUGUGGGCUGUGGUUAACAAUGCUGGUGUCUCUAUCCCAUCUGCUCCCAAUGACUGGCUGGUUAUUGAGGACUUCAAACGCAUGAUAGACGUAAACUUGAUUGGGGUUAUUGCUGUCACUCUGAGUGUCUUACCUCUCAUAAAGAAAGCCAAAGGCAGAGUGGUCAAUGUGGCCAGUAUAUUUGGAAGGAUUAGUACACUUGGCGGGGCGUACUGCAUAACGAAGUAUGGAGUAGAGGCGUUCAAUGACAGUCUAAGGAGGAACAUGGCACCAUUUGGAGUUAAAGUUUUAUGUAUCGAACCUGGAUUCUUCAAAACAAGUGUCACUGACUCCGUUAUCAUACAAAGUAAUAUAGAGGAAUUAUGGAUGAAGGUGCCUCAGGAUGUCAAGGAUGAGUAUGGCAGUGACUACAUAGACAGAAUAAAGCAGAUGAUGGCGGAGAAGUUUGAGAAGAUGUUGGAUGCAGAUCUGAUGAAGGUGGUGAACUGCAUGGAGCACGCUGUGGCUGCCGUCCAUCCUCGUACUCGAUAUUCUCCAGGGUGGGAUGCCAAGUUCUUUUGGUUGCCUCUCUCCUACAUGCCAACCUUCAUCUCUGAUGCCUUUAUUUUAAAAAAUGCUGUUAAACCAAAAGUUUCAGUUCUGUAAGCAGAGACUUUUCCACAGUAUGAUUUAACCACAUUUCAAACUGUAAACAAAUAUAUAUGGUCAAAUAAAAACUUGAUUAUAUAUUUUAACAACAAUAAUAAAAAUGAUUAAAAUCAA